AUGCUUCAAGGACGUGGCCGCGAAGGCUUCGUCCUCGCAAGCUCUCGCCCUGAAGUGCAACCGCCUAGGAGCAUCCUGAAGAAGCCUUCAUCAUCACGCACAAGCCCUUCGUCUUCGACGCCAUCGUCUCCGUCAAGUGAGGCCGCAUCGGACUCGCCCACUUCCGACCUCUUCGCCCUCGCCGGCUACCGACCGCAGCAGUGGUCUGUCGUCGGAAUCGCCAAAGCGCAUCAGCGUCCGUCUUCCGAUACCGGGAGGAAGGAUGUCUGCCUUAUCGUGACCUUGCUCUACGUGCCCACAGAGACUCUCUAUGCCUGGCCUUUCAACCUAUCCUCGCCCGAUGCCAAAGGUGUUUGCUACGAGACGCACUCCGCCGCAAAAGAGGGCGAAGCUACACGCAUUCCUCCCGAGGGAACGAUGAGCAUCAGCCUUCGGGUACUCGUGGCUGUCAUCCGCAACUGGAUGACCAUUCGUCAAGAGCGGUCAGCGCUGGCCCGACACCGAGGUUCUGUCAGCUCACUCACUAGUCUUCCUGGCAGCCCAGGGUCCUCAGUAGACGACGUCGUGGACAACGAUGAGGUGGUCGACGAGAUUAUCGACACCUUGCGACUUCACCAGCUCACACCCUUCGAGCGAUCGAUCUAUCUGUUGCGACAAGACCUGCCACAGGAGUCCAUCACGGCAAAUACUGCGCGACGUCCCAGCGAGAGUGGAUCGGUCCCGUCACCUGGAGCAGGGAGCGAGUCAAGUCUGUGCAGAUCCGAAGCAGGCUCGGACGAUCAUACGAGAGCGCGCGACGGUCGCACUUCGUCCAUCUCGAGUGUUGCGAGCUCGGCUUCUAUGAGCCCGCCGCUCUCCCCCGGAGCCGAUCACGCUUCGCCUCCCAUGCUGCCCAAGAUCAACACUGAUCUCUCAGCGGAACAGGACACUUCGGUUCCUCAGAUGAGCCUGGAGAACGACACUCCACGUGCAUCAGCCUUCGGGGAUCGCGAUCAGGUCCUGAAACGAGCUGCUUCAAGCCGUAGGCAGGACAGCAAGCUUGGCGGACGAUCGAUGGACACGGUGCGUGAGGAUGCUUCCGAGGACGACGGCAUGGACGGACGCACUCCCACGCACGACGUCGGCGGGCUAGCUGAGGCAUCAAUCAGCCCCAAGAAGGUAGUCGACGCUGUUUCGGAUGCCAUAGAGGCUGCUUCCCUGAGCAGCACGAGCUGCAAGCCCUCACCGAGCAGAGUGGUCUUCCGCGACCCUUUCCAAGGAGCGCUCCCACCCUCUUCCAAGCCCACCGUCCGAGCUGACAUCGUCGACGACGAAAGUCCUGAAACGCAAGUCACUUUCACGGCGAGAGGCAAGCCCAAGCUCAAGACGUCUUCGAAGCGCUCCUCACUCUCGGGCUUCCGCUCCAUCUUCCGUGGCCGAUCCCAGACGCAGUGA